AUGAGGGUCCUCUGUCUUCACGGCUUCGGCACAAGCGCCGCCAUCUUGAAAAGUCAAACAGUUGCUUUCCGGAGUAAGCUUGACAGCUCUUACAGCUUCGACUUUGUGGAUGCUCCCUUCCUCUGCGGUGCUGCACCAGGAGUAGAUGCACUAUGGCUCAGCUCGGGAAAUUUUACAUGGUGGCCUCAGGCUACCCCACAAGCCAUCCGCGCCGCUCACCUUUGGCUCGAUGAAUACAUGGCUGAUAACGGUCCAUAUGAUGCCAUCUUGUGCUUCUCUCAAGGCUGCGCCUUAGUUGGUAGCUAUUUGCUGUACCACGCCCGCGAGACUCCUGACGGCCCCCUUCCUUUCAAGUCUGUCAUCUUCAUCUGUGGUGGCAUGCCUUUUGCCUCACUGGAAGAUCUGGGUAUCCGCGUCUCGCAACGGGCUCACGAUAUCAAUGAUCGUACUGCCAAGGCCCUCAAGGCCAAGGCGGCAGAACUCCAAAACCUAGCCAAAAAUCCCGAUAAGAUUAAGCCUGGAGUUGGUCUCUGGGACAACACAUUGGAUCUGUGUCACGACCCCAGAAAGAUGCCCAGCCCGACAGAUGUCUAUGGACUGGACUUCACCACCUUCCCGCAGGAUCUGCGCAUCACGAUACCUACUGUCCAUAUUUAUGGCGGCAAGGACCCGAGAUGGCCAUCCAGUAUGCAGCUGGCCUACUUUUGUAAUAACAGGAAAAUGUACGACCACCAAGGAGGCCAUGAUGUGCCCAGAUCUACCGAGGUUUCCCUACGGAUAGCGCAGUUGGUACGAGAUGUCAUUGCACAAACAGUUCAAGAAGCCUGA